AGUAAAGCGACGCCCUAGCGGCCCACGCCGCGUCACAGGAACUUCAGCACCCCCGGGGCGGACAGCGCUCCCUGCAGCCGAGGCCCGCCGCCGAGCGCCCCGAGCCCUCCCCAGCCCUCCACGCGGGCUCAGCGCGGGCUCCACCCGCCGCGGUCCGGGUCCGUCUCCCGCCCCGCCCCCGCCCCCUGGGCUCUUCCUGUUUUCACGCCUCCUUUUCAUUCAUAACAAAAGCCUCAGCUGCGGGAGCCCGGCGCCAGGCUAUUUCUGAAGCCGAGCGUGAAAGAAUGGGGUUCCUUUGGACCAGCGCUUGGAUUCUGGUGUUGGUGUUCCACACUAGCCCAAUUCAAGCUUUUCCCAAACCGGGAAGCAGCCAAGACAAAUCUCUACAUAAUAGAGAACUAAGUGCAGAAAGACCUCUGAAUGAACAGAUUGCUGAAGCCGAAGCAGACAAGAUUAAAAACACAUACCCUCCAGAAAACAAGCCAAGUGAAAGCAACUAUUCUUUUGUUGAUAACUUGAACCUGCUGAAGGCAAUAACAGAAAAGGAAAAAAUCGAAAAAGAGAGACAAUCCAUACAAAGCUCCCCAUAUGAUAAUAAACUGAACGUGGAAGAUGUUGAUUCAACUAAGAAUCGAAGACUUACUGAUGAUUAUGAUUCUACUAAGAGUGGAUUGGAUCAGAAAUCUCAAGAUGAUCCGGAUGGCCUUCAUCAACUAGAUGGAACUCCUUUAACUGCUGAAGACAUCGUCCAUAAAAUUGCCACCAGGAUUUACGAGGAAAAUGACAGAGGAGUGUUUGACAAGAUUGUUUCUAAACUGCUGAAUCUUGGCCUCAUCACAGAAAGUCAAGCGCAUACACUAGAAGAUGAAGUAGCAGAGGUUUUACAAAAAUUAAUCUCAAAGGAAGCCAACAAUUAUGAGCAGGAUCUCAAUAAACCCACAAGCAGGACUGAGAGUCAGGCUGGUAAAAUACCAGACAAAGUGACUCCAAUGACAACAAUCCAAGAUGGUUUUACUAAUGGAGAAAACGAUGAAACGGUAUCUAACACUUUAACCUUGACAAAUGGCUUGGAAAGGAGAACUAAAACCUACAGUGAAGACAACUUUGAGGAACUCCAGUAUUUCCCAAACUUCUAUGCACUACUGAAAAGUAUUGAUUCAGAAAAAGAGGCAAAAGAGAAAGAAACACUGAUUACUAUCAUGAAAACAUUGAUUGACUUUGUGAAGAUGAUGGUAAAGUAUGGCACAAUAUCUCCAGAAGAAGGUGUUUCCUACCUUGAAAACUUGGAUGAAAUGAUUGCUCUUCAAACCAAAAACAAGCUAGAAAAAAAUGCUACUGACAAUAAAAGUAAGCUUUUCCCAGCACCAUCAGAGAAGAGUCAUGAAGAGACAGACAGUACCAAGGAAGAAGCUGCUAAGAUGGAAAAGGAAUAUGGAACCUUGAAGGAUUCUACAAAAGAUGAUAACUCCAACCCCGGAGGAAGGACAGAUGAACCAAAAGGGAAAACAGAAGCUUAUUUGGAAGCCAUCAGGAAAAAUAUUGAAUGGCUGAAGAAACAUGACAAAAAAGGAAAUAAAGGAGAUUAUGACCUUUCAAAGAUGAGAGACUUCAUCAACCAACAAGCUGAUGCGUAUGUGGAGAAAGGCAUUCUUGAUAAGGAAGAAGCCAAGGCCAUCAAGCGCAUUUACAGCAGCCUGUAAAAAUGGCAGAAGAUCCGGGAGUCUUACAACUUUGAGAAACAUAGUAUAGCUCAAAACACUUCUAAUUCUGCGAUUAAAGUUUUUUUGGCCACAGAAAGUGCCAAAUUUACAGUAGUUAACCUUUUAGAAAUGGUUAAAUCAUAGCUUUUUUGCCACAAAAACUAUCUGAGAAGUAAAGUUGUAUGCAAGCUGA